CAAGAACCAGGCUGCAGCUCGUGGCCGCUCAGAUUGCCUUGCGCGAAAGGGGCGCACAACUUUGGUUUGCGUAGGGCGGCCUUUGCUUUGCGCUGUUUUGUGCAUCAUUGUUUCUGCAAUUGGAGGGCAGUGAUAGGAGAAUAAGAAACUGCGGAGUGUUGGAGUUUGGGGCUGGGGGGGGGGGUGCAUUUGGUCACGAUGAAGAUUCAGUGCGACGCAUGCGAGAAUGCGGUGGCGGCAGUGAUGUGCUGUGCAGACGAGGCAGCGCUGUGUGUGGACUGCGACAAAAGGGUCCAUGCAGCAAACAGGCUGGCCAACAAGCAUCAGCGAGUGCCUCUCCUGGCGCAGCCAAAAGAGGGGUCAAAAUGCGACAUAUGCCAGGAGGGAGCGGCGUUCUUCUUUUGCCUCGAGGACCGCGCUCUCCUGUGCCGGGAUUGCGACAUCUCUAUUCACACUGCCAACGAUCUAGCGCGGAAGCACACUCGGUUUUUACUGACCGGAGUCCGCGUUGGCUUAGAAAAUCUUGGGGCAGACGAGCAGGCUGAGGCCCCCUCAACAUCUGCCCCGUCUAAGGUCCUCGGUUCCCCCUUCCCUCCAAAGCCCACCUCUCCAGUUGCCCGUGUCCCUGUUUACCAGCCCGCCGAACAGAAACCCUCGAAGAAGAAGUCAGCUACGGCAGUGCCUUCCAGUCCCGUUCCAGAAGCUUUCAGUGGCGGGGGUUCAGGGUUUAGUGGGGGUUUUGGGGGGGGCAGCUCGGGGGCAGGGCCGAGCUCACGAGGGGGGGGUGCGAGCAGCAGUGGGUUGAGGAGGGGGCAGAGCGUGAAUGUAAAUGAGCUUCCUGACUCGACGGUGCCGGUGUGGAGCGUGGAUGAGAUUUUGGGGAUCCCAAACCUAGCGGAUGGAUACAGCCUUAAUGACAUUGGGUCUACAAAGGGUAUGGACGCGCUUAUGGGUGACUUUGACUGGACGGCUGACCUUGGGAUGUUUGACGACCUCGCCUUCGCGGAGUCAAUGCACGAGGUGCCCAACUUUGACUAUUCGCCGUCCCCUGGUUUGGUGCCAAGCAACAGCCCAGCUGUUCCAAGAAAGGGUGGGGGAUCCGCUUUGAAGGGCAAGGCGCGGUCGUCGUAUGAUAUGGGCCCGGCUGUCGUGCCCGAUUCGGAUGAUCUGUUUGUGGUCCCUGAUUUGGGCCUUCAGGUGCCUCCUUCUAAGAAGAGACGGAGCAACUUAGAUUGGCAUUGAUGCAGUCCUCCUUAGGGGGACUGUGGCAGAUAAGGGGAUGUAGGACAUUGAUACCCAUCACAUUGAUGGACCAGGUUUGGUUUAGUUGGUCUUGGCUACGGAUUACAGGUCAAUGAUAAACACAAGUGUGCGUGUGGCUUUGAUGUCGCAAAGGUUGGUUGCUUUGACAACUUGAAAGGAUUAUGCUUUUGGACGCGGUGUCAUUGAAGUUCAAACUGUUGUACAGUACUCAUAGGCGAGAAACCUACUCCUAGGACCAUGCUUUGCGCCUAACAUCAUGCGUUGGCACUACAUAGGCUGAGCAUCUUUUCACACCUUCAACAAAAAGGUCCAUCGUCCAUGAAAC